UGCGAGAGAAUCGACAUCUCGAUCUCUCAUCUUAAGAGACGGACCUGGUACAGCUUACCAUACACCAGGCCUUGAGCACAACAAUAAUGGAGGACGACGAGGACAGUCAAGACGGAUUCAACCCGAAAUGGACCGAAGAGCCUCAUAUUGAAGACGGCGUAUAUCUUCCUCUCGACGAAGAUGAACGCUCCCCGCAUCCAAAAACUAUUCCCCGACACAUUCUAGAUAUCGCACAGGCGACAUAUGGGCGAAACUUCAAGAUCGAUCCACCCUCCUCUCCGCCGCCUUCUCCUCUUGCUUGGAUCCCUCGUCGACAUGGAGGUGGCUUUCGGUUUGGGCGGUCAGAAGACAACGAAUAUUUGGAGAUUCCUAAAGAGAUCGAGCCUCCGUCUCUUAUAGAGUUCCAUUAUUUCCCCGGGUUACCUAUCGAAUUACGACACAUGAUCUGGCGACACUGCUUACCUGGACCCAGGCUGGUGGAGCUUUUGUACGAUGAAGAUAUGGGAGCUUGCACUUCACGUUCCCCUCUUCCGAUCUGUUUAUGGAUUUGCAGCGAAUCUCGGAGAGAGGCCAAAUUAUUCUACCGUCUUUUAUUCGCUACAGACAGGGCAGAGGCGACGAUUUACCUUGACCCACACAUCGAUGAGGUGUACCUCGGAAUUGGCAACUUUCACCCUAGACCUCGAUCACUACUCGACCUGUUCCUGACUCUCGACCCGAAGGAUAUUGCCCAGAUCGAGAACCUUGCGAUUGACAGUGAUAUUGCAAAUUAUCAUGAGAUAGACGAGGAGGCCCCGCCUUGGGGUCUGUGGUGGACAUUGGCUAUGACCACGACGGAUGAGUAUGUCUUCACCAAUCUACGAACAUUGACAAUACAUCGAAAUGCUUCGCACAGGAGUUGCAAUGACUCUUCGUACAUUGGAUUCCAUGGCGACAUUAUCCUCACAGAAGUCGAGAGCAAUCCGGGAGAGUUCCAAGCUUGGGAGAUGGAGACCAGCGGCUGUUAUUGGAAACGUAAAGCCAAAGUACAACCUGUCCCUUGGAAACUUCCUCUCGACGACAGUGUCACCUGGGAGGUUCCGUUUUCUCGUCUGUGGAUGGAUCUGGAAAAUCACAAGUACAAAACACCAGAAAUAGCCCUAGAGAGGGUGCGAUUCGUGAGCUUCGGUCAGGGACCUGACCACUGGGCUGGACGUCUCGACUUUCUCGCCGGGAAGAAAUACGUACAAUCAACUGGUUGCAUCUACGAAGGCCACAAGGCAUUGAAUACGCUCUUGCAUUGGAGAGAGGCUGAUCGUGAUCAAAAUGGGUGGUAUAGUUACUUGACGACGCAGCUCUCCGCACCAGAGUUCGAUCCAAUCAAUGUGUACUUAACACAGAAUCCUUGCGACUGUGCUAUCGGACACGUCCACAAGGCAGGAUUUUACGACGAGGAUGAUCUGGAUGGAGUGGAUUUGCGGAAAGUGUUGGAGGUCGUCAGCGCGGAGAACAAUGGCGGUCGACCGCCGUGGGGAUAAUGGUGCUGAAUUUGUGCAGAGAGGAGAGAUUUGCUAGAGCUUUUUGCUACAAACGGGAGAUACACUGCCAAACCGGAUUGGCCAAUAUCGCGAUGCAUCUACUGGUACCCCAUUGGUGAGCAAAUCAAGCGUGGCAUUCUGCAACUGCACACUCGAAAGCCUUCAUUUCAAAUCCUGAAGUUAGAGUGAAUGGGGAAAUGUGCUUUGCGUUCUAUGUUGGACG